UAGUGCUCUCUCUGACUUCAUACGGUGCGCGCAUUAUCAGCAUCGAUCAGAAUCGUUCUGUUUUGUGGGUUAGUUCCAUGUAAUUGAGGCAGUAUAGGUGUAAAGAUGAGCGAUGAUAUACUUGAGGUAUGCAAGGAGCUGGAUUACCUAAUGAUUCAUGCUUUGGAUCUUAUGGAAGAACAAAUUAAAUGUAAAUUGAAACUUCAAGAGACCAUGAAAUCAGGUUGCCUGAAUUUGGCAAAAGCUCGGUACAUAAUGGGUCACAACAAUAUAUCAUCCCUGCAGCUACCAACAGAAGACAGUGCUGAAAUUGCAGCUCAAAGAACAGUUGCAUCAUCAGUUGAAACCAAGAAGAAUUUUGAAUACAUGGUCUUCAAACUUCAUACAAUAAAUCUAGCAAAAAUGUCUUCAGGAGAGCAAGAGGAGGGGAACAGCAUCAGGAGAAGAGCAAGUAAAGAUGGAAGUGAAAGCAAAGGAAAAGAGGAUUUGAAUUGUAAGAAAAUUGAAGACAAUGGACUUGUGAUUGCUACUGACCCAAUAAAAUGGUUUGGUUAUCUCGUACCUCAGAACCUGCGCCAAGCUCAGAAAGGUUUUCAUGCAGCACUGGAGUUGGUUGUUCAGAGUGCAAACAUUCAGUCUGAACUGGAGGCAACACAUAAAAGAUGUGACAAGCUUUUAAAAUUGAAGACUGCUCUUAUAGCUAUUAAAUCCGAAGUGUGAAGUAGUUGAAGAAUGUGAUCCCAGUCUUAAUGAGGUGGUUGAACAUUCCAGAGGAAUGGAACUGAACGUUUUUAUUUAUGUUGUAAAGUGUAAAGAGCAUCAAGAUUCAGGUUAAGAAGCCAGGAUGAGUGGUAAAAAUGUGGAUGAAUUAUUAUUAAAAUGUAGUGACUAUGAUGUGGAUUCAUGAAAGUUGUCAAGCCCUGCCAAAAUGUAACAAAUUUUCUAUUUUACUGUGAGUAAUUGGAUGUAGUAAAUGGACAUUUCUGCACAUA